AUUUUAUUCAUACAUCAUGUCAAAAUGCAGUGCAAUCGCUGUAAUAUCAAUUUACUGAGUCCCAAGACCCUCGCAACCAUAGACCACCGUGCACUCAUCUACAGGGUGUUUCAAAAAAUUAUGUACUAUGUACUUUCAAGUCUACCAUUCUUCAGUCAAUGCUUACAGUUUUCUGUAAUCCUUCAUUAUUUAUUUUCAAACCGAAUUUGAAUUGUCACUCGACUUGUAUGCAUGGAAAAUACGUAAAAUUUAGGGUUGACAAGGGUUCAUCUUACGUAAGAAGUUUAUUCAUUCUUUUCAUCGCCAGAUGGCAGUAUGUCCGUUGUCAGACACUAGCAAAGCACAUUACAAAAUCCAGACAAUCCAGUAGUUUCUCAGGAAAGCUUGGAUGCGUUGUUUGUGUGAAACUGCAAUAGUAAUGUAAGAUGGCGAAAUCAUCUUUCCAUAACUAGCACUUUAAUCAACUAUCAAAUCGCCAGCUUACGAAACAUCAGAUUGUCAUAUAAGCAUUUGACAAUUUCAAGUUACAUAUUUCAUUAAUAUCGCAUAUGUCAGUUACUGCAAUUUACUUGCGAUCAGUUUAGAUACAUAUGUGUAGUCGUUUAGAUAUUAUAUACAGACUUAUAAAUCCUUUUUUGAGAAAAAAAUCGAAUUUGAAACUGCGUAUUGUAUGUCACGUAGUACAGAAUUGCUUCUAUCAACAAAUUUCCUAGACUGCAAUUAUCUGAUUCCAUGACGCAGCCAUGGUUGAUACAAGUGAAGAACACGUUCUCCAAUGGGAAGGACAUGCAAGUCAUGUUACUGAAAGAUUCAGUGGACUUUUGGCCCGGCAAUCCCUUGUCGACGUUACGCUGAUUUGUGAAGGGCAAGGUCUGCGCGUUCACAAGCUGGUUCUUGCUUCGUGCAGUCCGUACUUUGAGGAAAUGUUGGAACAAGAUUUGGGACAAGAGCCAACUAUUCUACUGAGCGAUUUGAAUUUCGAGGUCUUGAAAGCCAUGGUUGAAUUCAUGUACUGUGGAGAGACCAGCAUUUCAAAACAGCAUUUACAACCAUUACUCCAGGCCGCUAGGGUGUUCAAGGUAAAAGAACUAGCAUGGAUCACUAAAAACCUGAUGGCAAUACAAAGCGAUGCUGCAGAUCAAGAUCGAAAUAGCGCUGAGUUUUCAGAAGAAGAAGUCGACGAUUUGGAAGAUGGGAAUGAGUAUAGUUUGUUCAACGACAAUAGCUAUAUGCAGACUCCACGGUGGAGUAAUAUUCAUGCAGAUGAAUAUUCUGAAAGAGACUUGGAUAAAUUAGUGGACAGAAAAGUAGGACCAACAUGUGAUAAUAAACUGCUCCAAUCUCAAGUAUCAUUAUCAUCCACGGACAUGAUAGAUGAUAAAAAAGUCACCGAUGUUUUUAGUCCUGUUGAUCAAAACUUGAUACAUGAGAGUCAGAAAAUAACGGAUAGCGUUGAGUUGGAAGUAGAUGAUAAUGUUUUUAUCGACAAGGAGAACGAACUUCAACCAGUACUCUACGAACAAUGCUGUGACUUUGUAAAUACUAAAAGAAUGCCAAAUGAGUCCGUCAAAGUUCCUUCACUCAUUACUGAAUCUUGCCCUGAAGAGGAGUGUGAGACCAUUAAAAAACCAUCGCGGGAGAUCAAAGAAGUAACUAGAACUGUGGAUAAAUGUUUGAAAGUUUAUACACACAAAAGACGUACAUCUAUUGAAGGAAUCGAUAAACAUCCCAUCAAGAUAAUAGAUGAUCGACCAGAACCACCCAUUACUAGCAACUGCAUAGACUUAAUGGAGGAACCUUCUAAAUAUGAAACUGAAUUAGAAAGCGAGUACAUUAUGAGUUUAAGUAAUGGCAACAUCGAGACUGUAAUAGGUUUUAUUGGCAAUGAUAUCUCUGACGAACGUGUAUAUAAUUCAAGGGUGUCCGAUGAAGUGCCAAAUCCUUCCGCUGUAAAUCAUAAUAAAGAAGCUAGGCAAAUGAAGGAAAUUUUUCCAGGUGACAAUAGAAUAGUACCACACGAGCAGUCUGAUGAUUUAAUCCGUAAAUCCAAAUCUUUAUGCACUCCGACUUUAAGGAGAAGUGUGAGGCUAAGUCAUCACGAACAUGAGGAUGCUACGAACAAUAAUAACACUAAUUCUAUUCAAGACACGAACGAUAAAACUAAAGAAAAGCCGAUAGAUUCCAGAAACGGUACCGAAAUAUCCAGGAGAUUCAAACGAAGACAUAAAGAAGCAGAGUUGUACUGCGAAUCAGAUGAAAACAAAGCCUCGCCAGACCCAAUAAUAAGAGGAUCAGAUCCACCAAGGUUCUUACGCAGCAACAGUAAACUUAUAGCUCGUCGAGGGAGCAGGGCUCAUCUGUCAUUAUCCAAGAACAAUAACAAGGGAGAGCAAAAAGUGAAAACUGCUAAUAAAUUAAAAUCAGAGAAAAUAAUUAGAUCAGGGUCAGUUGUUGAAUCGAGUGAUUUCCUGCCAAAUAAGUUCAAUACAAUAGCAACGGUAAGUCGCGCAUUGUGGGGGGACAUGUCAGAUUAUUUAGAAAACACCAAUAACGAUCUUGAUUAUUCUGAUUAUUCACCGAGUAAAGAAAUACCGUUCGCUGUUGGACUUUUACCCUUACGUGCUGCUUUGGAGAGGAUGCAAGCAAUGCCUGACUAUCAGCCCAGGAAAACUCGUUCCUCGGUUACACCUCUGGUGAAACAUGAGUUGAAUGGAGUAAAGAGGAGAAACAGUGGCAGUAAUGUGGAGACUAAUAGUGGAGGUAUUAAACGACAAAAUACUCAUUCUCAAGCUAACAAUUUGGAUGGUAAUACCGUUUGUCACGUUCAUAUAACUACCAGUCAUUCACAGUCUGUCCGCACAAGACGAAGAUUUUCACCAGAACAUGUUCAACAGGUAGCUACUACUGCGAUCUCUCCAACAAAUAUUGAUGAUAGACAAUGACAUAGGCUUCAACAUUUAUUGUGCAAAAGAUUAGGUACUAUCAGAUUUUAGUAAUUUAAUCGGUUCGUACUAAUUCACAUUAGUAUAAAAUUCAUUAGUUCUACCACUGCGUUGUGUUUCACAUUAUGUACAGUAAAGUCACAGUGUCAGAUGGAUUUGAUACGUGCAUCGUUUGAAUAUACGAUCGAAUAUUGUAUAAAUACAUCAUCGAUUUAUUCGCCAAAUUAUUAGUGAUGAUAAAUCAUGGUGCAUCUAUAAAAUAAUCUUAAUAAAAACUAAUAUACGAAAUAAUAAGCUCUUCAUUAUCACGUACUUUGUAAACGAUCAUUAUUGAAUUCAGCAAUCUCAAAUUAUACUUACAAUGAUUCGAUCACAUCACCUUAAGAGUGCACUCGUGUGAGCAAUGGAAUUGUUAAUUGUGGAUAGACAAACUGUUCAUGUAUAUUUUUUUAAAUAAAUAAUUCUUGUACUA